UAAAAAAAAAUCAACCAAAUUUCGCACUUUUUGAAAAUACCACGUUUAAUUUGAUGCCUUUCUGCGUAGUUGAGCAAAGCCCCAGAUUUAUAAGAAUUUGAUGACUCGAGUACUUCCCUUGUGAGAAAUGUCGUCACGCUGUUUGUCCGUCUGUCCGUCCGACUGUCGCCAAAUCAAGAGGCCAAACGGUAAGAGAUAGCGACUUGUGACCUAAGGGGGACCCCACCAUAAGUCGACACAAGGAUCGUUAACAUGCCCCUCAUUUUCCCCUCCAAAACCAUGUUUUUUUUUUGGAUUUCUCGAAAACGCGUCGUGCGAUUUUUUUCAUUUUUGGAUAUGUUUUAGUUAUUACCCAGGCGGACAUUUCGUCCUUAGACGAAAAUAUCGUUGAAUCAUUCAUUCAAUCAUUCGUUCAAUCAUCAAAGGUUAAAAAGACACUAGAGAGCGCAUUUAUCAAGUGAAUGUGGUCAUGUUUGGGCUUGUUGGAAAGGUCUUGGAAUUUCCUAUAAAACUGAACCGGUUUAAAUCGGUUCAGAACCGGUUCAUAGCCGAAAAUCGACACUUUUAAAACAAUUUUGGAGGAUUCUUUGAAUGACAUAUGGAUCGGCUCAAAUCGGUUGAGAACCGGUAAAUGGUAAAUGAUGCGAAAGUACUUCUGAGGUAUAUAAAAUCUAACUCACGAGUUCGAACAUUUCCCAAAUCCUGAGACACUUUGCCACCCCUUUUAUUCUUUUCUCGCAUUUUUUUUAAUUUAUUGCCUACUAAGUAACUGUAAUUGGUUUCUCCACACUACAGAAAUCUAUGUCCAUAUUGAAGAGUUUCUCCUACAUAAGCAUAGACAAUUUGCUUGAAUAUGGACAUAAAUUCCUCUAGGAUGUAGAGGCCAUAAGAGGCUUGUAUCCUAUUUGUUGUGAUAUUUCAAUAAAUUAAGCAUAAAAUUAAUUUAAGUUUUUGCUAAAAAAAGAAAAUCGUCAGUAUAGUACUAUAAGAUGUUUUUCUCUUUUGAAAUAAAAUAAAAUUCACUUUCAUACAAAUGCAAUUAAUAAAAAAAUUUGAUAAAAAAAAACUUUAAUUGAAUUGUUAUAUUGUUAUUGGCACUAACUAUAUAGAAAGCAAAAAUUAUUAUAUCUUUUUUUCUGUCUAGCCGUUCUUAAACUUGUUACAGAUAACCAUUUGGAUCCUUCAAAGAAUCCCUACCCGCGUCCAUAUAAGGCGAUUUUAAUAGUUACGUUGUCGCUUUUUUGGCUCACAUACGAAAAUAGCCUUAAAAUAUUUGUUCUCAAGGUCAAAUAUUAAUCGGUACUAAAAAGCAUAUUUCUCAACCGAUUAAGUUAAAUAAUGGCUUUGUUCGAAAGGCCUUGGAAUUAUGGAUAAGCAUGAAACCAGGUUCAACCGAUUAUGAAUCGGUUAUUAAACGAAUAUUGAUUUUGAAAGAAAUUGAAAUUGAAUUGAUGACUUUCUUCAUCAAAACUAUUACACUGAGGACACUGAGCAAUCAAUUUAAGGGACAUUUUGCCACCUUACAAUAAAAUUAACUAGUAAUCCUGAUUUGAGUAUUUGAUAUAGGGUCAGUGCGGUCAAUUCCUGAAUCCUGAAUCUUGCUAUUUUAACAAUUGUCAAGCACUAAUUUUUCCUAUCAGUUGAAUUCCUCAGCUCCAAGAAAAUAAAUUCCUUUAAUACAACUCCCAAUUCGUCUCUGAUUAUUUAGAAAAGUUGCCUUCACACUUUCACACUCAUUCAAAUGCUUAUCAGACUCCAAUUGUCUCCUCAUCCCGCUCAAUACCCCAAUUGGUAAUUGCCUUAUUAAUAGCCAUAAGAUUAUAUUGUGACUCGGAUUCAGUGACAAUUGUCUUGUGAUCUGGUCAAGAUGAAUUUUGGAGUUUUGGGUGGCGGAAUCGUAGGGCUUACAACAGCCCUGGAGCUUCAGAGUCAAUUUCGUGAUGCGCGUGUGACAAUUGUGGCAGAAAAAUGGUCAACAGACACAACAUCAGCUGUUGCAGCAGGAAUCUUCAGACCAGCAGCUUCCUUUGCUGGACCCACUGAGGAAAUCACUCAGCAAUGGAUUGAGGAUGCCUAUGCUCAUUGGGAUGGACUUCGGAGGCAAGAAGGAAGUGCCAGAGUUGGCAUUUGCAAUCUAUCUGGCUACCUAUUCUCAUCUAUAAGUCCAGCAUUAGUGCGCAAUCCUCGCAUUGAAAAAAUUCUGCCACUUUAUCGCAAGGUCACAGAGGAUGAGUUAAAAAUCUGUCCCGGAGAUUGGAAAUACGGUUCAUUCUUCUCAACUCUCUUGACAGAAUUCAGAACUUUUCAGCCUUGGGCUGAGAAAAAAUUCCUCGCGAAUGGUGGACGAUUCGUUACAAGGUCCGUGAGGAAGAUUACAGAAUUGGAGAAGGAAUUUGAUCUGGUGAUGAAUUGCACAGGAUUGGGAUCGAAGUGGAUGCUAGGGGACAACAAACUCGUGCCAGUUCGUGGGCAGAUUAUCAAGGUGAAGGCACCAUGGGUCAAGACAGCCUUCUACGGGGACUAUGAUACGUACAUCAUUCCUGGAUUUGAGGGUGUAACUCUUGGAGGAACACGCCAAUUUGAUUCCUACAAUCUCAACAUUUGCAAAUAUGAUUCUACAUCCAUUCGUGAGCGCUGUCAAGAUCUCCUGCCUAGUCUCCGAGGGGCUGAAGUUAUACGUGAAUCCGUGGGAUUGCGCCCUCAUCGAGAUCCUGUUCGUGUAGAGGUGGAAUUCUUUGAAACUUCCCACGGAAAACCCAUGAGAGUGAUUCAUAAUUAUGGACAUGGAGCUUCAGGGGUUACAACGUCUCCAGGAACAGCCAAGUAUGCUGUUAAAUUGGUUAGGGAUGCCCUCAGUGGUCGGAGCCACUUGUAAAUUUUAACAAUAAUAAAAUGGAAACCCAAAA